AUGGGAACUCGGUGUAAGACGACCGCUAAAGCUGACAUCGUGCUGCUGGUGGACGAUUCCAACAGUAUCUUCAAUGAAAACUUCAGGAUCAUCCUCUGCUUCAUCGCUGACAUAGUUGGAAUGUUUGACAUCGGCCCUAACAGAGUUCAGAUCGGUCUGACUCAGUACAGUGAUGAGCCAAGGACCCAGUGGCACCUGAACACCCAGAGGACCAAGGAAUCCCUGCUGAAUGAUGUUAAUGAGCUGCAGCCAAUAGGAGGCAUAACCACUAGGACAGGUGUGGAUGGUGCUUUUGCGAAUGAGCUGAAGUCCAUCUCCUCUGACCCACAUGACACUCACAUGUACAUCAUCAAAAACUUUGCUCUUCUGACUUACAUCAUCACCAGUCUCACUGACAACGUGUGUGACAGCAUCAAGGGUCCAGUACGCAGCAGUCAAACAGACUUCUAUCACUUCUCCCUACCUGAACAAGACGUCACCCUGCCCUGUGGUACUCCGUCCCCCUCUGGACCUCUCCCAUGCUCUGACAUGUCCUGGUUUUAUAGCAGAGCUUCAUCAGAGGCUUUUACUGAGGCCAACGAAGGAAAGGUUAAUCCCAGGUCCCUCCGAGCUGGUCGGCUGAGUUUGGACUCCGACUGUUCUUUGGUCAUCAGACGUGUCACUGAUGAGGAUGUUGGUCUCUACACGUGUGGCCGUAAUUAUGAUGAUCGUUACAGCGUCAGAGUGUAUCUCAGUCUGUUUUUAAUCUCUCCAAAACCGACAGACUCUGAUCCAGUGAGCAACAAUGAACUCCAGUUAGAGUGUUCUCUGUUCAGAUUCAGAGGUCUUCAUCUUUGUCCACCAUACCGUCUCCUCUGGGUGAAUGAGACAGGAGCUGAGAUUACUGACGGUGUUACAGAGACUUUCAGAGAUGAAGGCUGUUUCUCUGACCUGACUGUGACUCGUCAGAGCGGACACAACAAGACAUUCACCUGCCAGGUUGUUGAUGAGGAGAACAAUGUGGAGAUACAGGCCGACUACACACCUGUCUUCACAGCUUCAACAGACUGGUCUCCUCUGAGCUCCAUCAUGCUCGCUCUGCGUAUUUCAUCUCUUGUUUUGAUGAACGUGAGCACUGUUUUGGUCUUCACCCUCAGAGGUAACAUCAAACCACGGCGUAAAGAAACCAGCAUGCAUGAGGAUGUCAUUGAAGCCAACGAUGAAAAUGAUGAAGCAUUUGGUGCUGCUUCCAUCGAACUGCAACAACUUCCAGAUCAAGAUUAA